AUUUUUUGCUCUUCACAACAAACCUAUAUCUCCAGGAGCUUUUUUAAUAAACCAAUACAACCAAAAACAAAAACAAAACAAAAUAAAAAUGGCUCCUUGUAUUAGAAUAAGACUUGCAAGAUUCGGUAGAAGAAAUUCUCCUCUAUACAAUAUUGUGGUUGCUAAAUCUAGAUCUCGUAGAGAUGGUAAACCAAUUGAAGUCCUAGGAACUUAUAAUCCAAUCCCAAGACCAAUAAAUCCCUCUUCUUUAAUUCCCCCCAAAGAAGACUUGCCUGUCAAACUCGUUAAGGAUAUUGAACUAGAUUUUGAAAAAUCAAAAUAUUGGAUAGGUGUUGGUGCUCAACCAAGUAAAACUGUUAUAAGAUUAUUUCAAAAAGCUGGAAUAUUGGGUGAAGAAUGGUCUUCUUUUGAUAAAAACAAAAAAAUUCUCAAUUCUAAACAAGUAGUGCCUCCAAGAAACGUCAUUGAAUAAAUUAUUGCUAAAAUUAAUCAAUUAAUUAUAAAACUUAAUUCCACCUAAUUGCACUGAAUUACAUUAAAUUUACUCAAAUUUACUCAAAUUCAAUCCAAUUCAAUAUAACUGAAUUGUUUAUAUUCUUUAAUAUUAUCUGUAUGUACAUAUCUAUAUCUCUAUUUUUUUUUUUAGGCUUUCGUUAUUUUUUCUAUAAAU